CUACACGAAAAAGAGAGAUUUGAAGUUAGACUUGCAGCUGACAGAGAUAGACAAGAGAGAGGAGGGAGAGAACAGCAGGCAGCUUUAAGAACCUGUUUCUGUGGCCUUUUAGCACUGAGCGGACUGUAACUGGGAUGAGUGGCCUGGUAAGCGGCGGUUUGACUUUCUGUUAGCUGGUCAUGCAAAGAAUAAAAAGCAAAAAAAAAACAAAAUAAAAGAGAAACUUCACUUUUGUUGCUACCACUGACAAUUAGCGUUGUAUCAAAGUGCUUGAUGGCUGUUACAAAGGCUGCGCUCCCUUCCUUCAGCUCCUUCUCCAACCUCGCUCAAUCCAGUGACAAUAUGAAGGUGUGGAAGUCUGAGGGUGACUCUCUCCCUUUGGACUCUCUCAGCAACAAACUGUCACCAAGCAGCUCUGAGCAGCUGCAGGUCUCUAAAAAAACGACAGAGGAGCUCCUGGAUGACGACAGCCAAGCAUCCUGGGACAUUGAGUUCCUGCUGUCUGAUUGGAGCAGCCCAUCGCCUGACCUCAACCCCUCUCAGGACAACAAUGAUCACCAGCUACCACAGUUGGACCCAAACACAGCGUACCAAGAGGUGGCCCUGUUUAAGGACCAACCAGGACAGGAUCAUCUGCAGAUAAACACUGGCUGCCUCAUGACAGAGCUCCUGUCCCCUGCUGAAACCACAACGUCGGUCCAGCCGGAGCUGUACCACCAUGGUUAUAUCGACGACCAAACAGGUCAGAUUUCCUUCCCCAGUCUACCUAACGUAGAGCACUUUGGGUUCACUCAGGAAGGCAGUGUGGAGAGGCACAGCAGAGGAAACCUUACUAAAGUCUCAACAUGGGACUUUAAUUCUUACUAUUCCCAGCAACACCCCUCCAUGGUGACCUACCCCGACAGCAGGUUCAUACCACCUCAAGCUGUGACCCCUGAGGCUCGACACUACAGCUACAUGCCACACUUUCACCACAACGCCACCCUUUUCUGUGACUACACUCACAGACAGGCCACCAGUCAUCUGCCCCUUCACCAGCAGCCCCUGCUGGUUGGACCACAGCUGCCCCCUGGUGGGGUGGAGGGGAAGCGUAGCCGUAAGCCUCCAGGGAAAAAGAGGCCCGCCAUCCACAGCUGUGAAUACCCUGGCUGCAGCAAGACCUAUACCAAGAGCUCGCACCUCAAGGCUCACCUCCGCACCCACACAGGGGAAAAGCCUUACCAAUGCUCAUGGGAGGGCUGCAGCUGGAAAUUUGCCCGCUCAGAUGAGCUGACGCGUCACUACCGCAAACACACGGGCCAAAAACCCUACGAGUGUCUGCUGUGUCAGAGGGCCUUCUCCCGCUCCGACCACCUGGCUCUGCACAUGAAGAGACACACCUGACCUGAUAUAUACACACACACACACACACACACACACACACACACACACACACACACACACAAAUCACUGCCAUUUAAACAAAGAUAUUAAAAGGUACAAUAUUUGGAUAUUCGUUAUAGUUCGAAUUUAUGACCCAAAUCAGUACACUGAACAGUUACAUUUGGGACUCAUAUUAGGGACCUCAGAUAUUAACUGAACAUCUUCCCAAAAUUACCAUGAAAUCUGCACUUGGUUAUCUGGCUGGUUAAGAAUACAAGCCCACAUGUAGACUAGAUAUGAGAACACAACCAGUGGUAGGAUGACAUCACAAAACAUUGUGUGCAUGCUGCCUCGGGGGAGUUUUUGGUUUACUUCAGAAGACAAAUGAGACAAAUUUAAUUCAGAAGCCUUAUAUAUAAGGAUAUAUGAAAUACUUUCAUCUUUUUUUUUUAUAAAUGAUUUAUAUGCACGGCUUAAAGAGUCACCAUCAGGUAAUGACUGCUUAAAUAAUAACUUUUAAGAGUACUCCACUGAUAUAGCAAUGCACUCCUAUAAUAACAUUGUUGGACUAAAAAAAACAAUAUAAAAAUCGAUGUGGCAGAAUCAGAGAUAUCGUUGCAUUGCAUGUACAUUACCCACAAUGCAAUUAGGCCAUUAACAGUUCUGUUGAAGAUUUGGGUGUGGCAUGCUAGUAGCGGCUAAUGUAGCCGCUACCCUGAAGCAGAGAUAAGGAGCGGGCUACAGAGUUCUGGUAGGCUCACUUCUUUCUAACUGCACACACCCAGAUUUCUUUUAUUUUCAAACUUGUAUUCUUCAAGUGACAUCACCAUCAUCACAAAAGGCUUUAGACUAAACUUUUUGACACACACACACACACACACAGGACCAGUACAAGAACACACUUAUGUAAAGUUUGCAUGCUUUCAGCAAUAAGGGCCACUUAGACAAAGAAUACACACGGUGGGGCAUGUGGCCAGCAAAUAUUAACACUAAGAAAAGACCUACCAAAAAGUGUGUGUAAUACGGGUUAUAAUACAAUACACAACAGUAUGUCCACUCGGAUCUCAUGGCAUGUCUGAAUUCCCUUUAGAACUUUAGUUUGUAAUAUUGAAUAUUGUAAUACAAAUAAAUAAACCAUAAAGUAUAUGUUGUGAGUAUUCAGUAAAUGCAGGUUUAUGCAUUUUUGUCA